UAAUGGAGUCAAACGCUUCCCACCGGAAAUAGCCGUCCCCAUUGACCUCCUUCUUCUUCUUUCUUUCAUUAUCCUUUUUAGAGAGAGAAACACCUUUUUAUAUUCUUUCUAGAGAGAUAUAAAACCAAAAUGCGUGCUGUACAUCCUCCCAAUCACUCGGAUCCCGCCGCCGGUGAUCAUGCUGACUCACCGGAGCUUCUCCGGACUUACCAAACUUGGAAAGGAAGCAACAUAUUUUUUCUUGGAGGGAGGUUCAUAUUCGGGCCGGAUGUGAGAUCUGUAUUUCUGUCAAUGUUUUUAAUAGUUGCCCCUGUUGUAGUUUUCUGUGUAUUUGUUGCAAGAAAGCUAAUUGAUGAUUUUUCUGAUCAUCUUGGAGUGUUGGUUAUGGCUGCUCCAAUUGUAUUUACAUUAUAUGUAAUAGUCCUCCUUCUAAUGACUUCUGGAAGGGACCCUGGUAUAAUUCCUCGUAAUACACACCCUCCACAACCAGAAAAUAUAGAUCUGGGUAUAGAACUUGGUCCAGGUCAAACUCCGCAGCUACGUUUGCCCCGGGUUAAAGAAGUGAUUGUCAAUGGGAUGACUGUAAAGGUCAAAUAUUGUGAUACCUGCAUGUUGUAUCGACCCCCACGUUGUUCACAUUGCUCAAUAUGCGAUAACUGUGUAGAAAGAUUCGAUCACCACUGCCCAUGGGUUGGCCAGUGUAUUGGACGGCGUAACUACCGCUUCUUCUUCAUGUUCGUAUUCUCAGCAACUCUGCUUUGCAUAUAUGUUUUCUCCUUUUGUUGGGUGUACGCCAUAAAGAUCAUGCACAGUGAAAACACUACUAUUUGGAGAGCAUUAAUCAAGACUCCUGCAUCAAUUGUGUUAAUAAUCUAUACUUUCUUAUGUGUUUGGUUUGUCGGUGGCCUCAGCGUCUUCCAUCUAUAUCUUAUCGGCACAAACCAGUCGACAUACGAAAACUUCCGAUACCGAUAUGACCGCUCCGAAAAUCCAUACAACAAAGGUAUUUUUAGAAACUUCAUGGAGGUUUUCUGGAACAGUAUUCCACCAUCUAAGAACGAUUUCAGGGCAUGGGUGCAGAAAGAGCCUGAACUUCCUACUAGAGUCACUGGUGGUAGUUUUGAAAAUUCAAAUAUAGGGAAAGUGCCAAGUGACGUUGAAAUGGGGAACAUGAAGGCUACAUGGAAAAACGAGGCCGUGACUAGAGAAGGUAGUACCAAUGGUAGCGGUGGUAAUAUUCACUCUCAUCCUCGACGGUCUAGCUGGGGAAGAAAGAGUGGAAGCUGGGACUUACAAAAUGACAUAGCUUCAGUUGCAUCAGUUGUUGGACACUCAGGCCGCGUCAGCGGUGGAAGUAGUGGCAGCUUAGGUGGCAGUUGGGAUGUGGCAGUUAAAUGACAGGUCAGCUUUAAGUGUAAGAAAAAUAUUCAAUGAGUUUGAUUUGUACCCUUUUAAGAUUUGGGGUAUAGUUAUAGUGGAGGCCCUUUCAUUGUGUAUAAUUUUUUAACCAGUAAUAUUUAUGGAUGUACUUUUAAACUUGUUAUUCUACA